GUCUCCCCUGAUCUUCUAGACGUAUGCAAGCAGACAUCCACAAGAAAGUUAAGUUUGUCCUGGGAUUGUUAUAAAUCUCAUAUUGGAGGUGGUGUUUGACAACAAAACGUGUUCGCUAGCUACCUAGCUAACUAGCUAUCGAGCGAAUAGUCCCAAACUGUGGUUUUAUGAAUAUGGAGACAAAAUUAGAGGAAACCCCUGCAGAUCUGGAAGACUCUUUUAGUCCGUCAUCUGAAGAGAUAGAAAGCUGGAUGCAGAAAGCUUUUGACAUGGCUAAAGAGGCUUUGGAGAGCGGAGAAGUACCUGUUGGAUGUUUAAUGGUGUACAACAGUGAAAUUCUGGGCAAAGGGAGAAAUGAAGUGAAUGAAACCAAAAAUGCCACUCGGCAUGCAGAAAUGGUGGCUCUGGACCAGGUGCUGGAGUGGUGUCGUCAGGAGAACAGGGACCCUGUGGAAGUGUUUAAGCAGACCGUGCUCUAUGUGACUGUGGAGCCGUGCAUCAUGUGUGCUGGGGCCUUGCGCUUGCUGAACAUCCCACUGGUGGUGUAUGGGUGCAGAAAUGAGCGGUUUGGUGGCUGUGGAUCCGUCCUGAACAUCCCUGCAGAUGAGCUGGCUUGCAGUGGAGCCCCAUUCAAGUGUGUAUCAGGCUUCAGAGCUGAUGAGGCCGUGGAGAUGCUGAAGGCAUUUUACAAACAGGAGAACCCCAAUGCCCCUAAGCCUAGAACAAGGAAGGACUGAAGUAAUCCAAAGCAAAGAGGACAGUUUUUCAUGUGUCCAGCAGGGGGCUCCAGUCACCAGGCAAUAAAGUCCAAGACCUGGAAAGCAGUGCUGUAGAGGAGACAAUGGUUUCUCUGAAAUGAACUGGAAAAACAGCCCUGUUGUACUGUGAAUCGCGCUAGGAUUCCUCCUGGAUAUAUUAAGUACAUCCUUUGAGGACCGUCUUGUAUAUUUUAGCUGAGUUAUAUCAG